AUGCGCAAAAAUCAGGAGAGCGAAGGCUGCGAGGGGUUUAAGAAAAACGUUAUUUUCGUGAAAACUCAUAAAACAGCGUCUUCCAGUGUUCAAAAUAUUCUUCUACGUUACACAGUCAACCACGGAUUGAAUCUGGCAAUGCCUCGUCACAACGGUGCUCGCUUCUUCAAUCCCGAGCCGUUCUCUCCUGACAUGGUCCGGCCAUUCUACGACGAGGAUGAGCAACCGAAUGUCAUCGCUAAUCACUUGGUCGCCUCUCCUGAGCUCUUCAAUUUCAUCCCCGAUGCCUUUACUUUUACGAUUCUUCGAUCAGUUCCAAGCCUUUACGAGUCUACAUUUGAGUACUUCAAGACCUCUACUAAAGCCUUCAAAAACGCGGGAAAUAUUGAUGCUUUCUAUUCAAAUCCGAAAGAAUUCUAUGCUCCAGGAAGUCAUUAUAAUGAAUAUACUCGAAAUCACAUGGCCCAUGAUCUUGGGUUCAAACAAGACUCAGUGGAUCCUGUAUAUUUUCAGAAGUCUGUAGAAUACAUGGAAAGAAGAUUUGACCUCGUCCUCAUUAGCGACUAUUUUCUUGAGAGUAUGAUCCUCCUGCAAGACAGGCUAUGCCUCACGAUGGACGAAGUCGUCACCUUGGUCGUCAACGCUCGGGAUAAAAAUCGUCUUUAUCGCCAACAACAGUUGAAAAUAUCAAGCGCUGGAAUUCUUUCGAUCUUUAUUUAUUCGACCAUUUCAACUCAACUUUCUGGAAGCAGUUGGAGACAGUUCCUGACUUACAAAAACGCAAAGAAAACCUGA